UUGAUACAUAAAAACGUAUAAACUAUUCUUGUUUGAAUACCAAUUGCUUCAGCAUUGUACUUUGCUUGGUAUGGGACAGUCAAUGCGAUUCAACGUCCCCCACUAUGUAAACAAGAUAAGAUAUACUUUAUUUAAUAAACACCCGAUAAAACAACUGACCAGUGAACAUUUGACAUGCCCUUGAUCCUAUACAGUACUCCAUGAAAUUGAUAUCCCCACUUUCCGUAGACACCAACAAUUAAUGUUACAGUAAAAACAAUGUCAUCUGAUUCAUCAUCAGACAAAUCUCUACGAACGUUCGUUCCUUUGUGUUUUGCAACUUUCUUUUUGUUUGCUUCCUACGAUAAUGGCAUGCAUGCUACUAGUGGAUACGUAUAUGAAACAUUCUGGGAACAGAGAUUUCCAAAUAGAUCUGACUCCAACAGUACUGAUGAAUCGCACUGUACCACUAACAAAUCCUCAGAAGCGUACCGGGAUGGGCAGCUUGUUCAGAAGCAGGUGGCUAGGUGGAGUGUUUAUGUAUCCCUUGCUCAUGGAGUUCCACUCAUUUUGUCAAGUGUUCUGUUUUCUUCUCUCAGUGAUACUUUCGGACGGAAACCUUUCCUGUUCAUAGGAGCGUUUGGUAUAUGUAUCAAGCAGUUCCUGAUAACUUUGGCAAUGUUUUCGCGAUGGAGCGUCUUCCUUUUUCCCCCAUUUACUUUGAUAGAAGGAUUAUGUGGGAGUUGGGUAACACACAUAGCGAUCUCUAUGUGUGUUAUUUCUGACUUAACAUCGGCUGGAAAGUCAAGGUCUUUUUACAUAGCCAUUUUUACAUUCGUGUCUGGUUUUGGGUCUUCUGUGGGAAUUUUCGUUUCCGGUUACGUUGUAACUCUGUUGGGUCAUGAAUUUUCAAUGGCAGUUUCGUUUGGGGUGGCCCUGGCAGCAUUUGUUUGUAUAUGCUUUAUUCCGGAGAGCAUUUCAAACUCGCAGAAACAACAAAAGAAAUUCAGUUGUUGUGGUAAUUGUCGUAAAAUACUGCAGUUUUAUACAAAAGAUGAUGAUGACCAUCCUGGUUCUUUCAGGUGGAAGUUUGUCAUUGCUGUUAUGGCAUUUAUCUUCAUCAAGUUGGCAAAACUUGGGGCUUCUUCCAUGGAAGCUUACUAUCUAUUGGGUUCCCCAUACUGCUUUACCCCAGAGAAAAUUGGUACAUUUGAGACAGCGAAGAGUGGUUUUUCGGAACUGUUUAUACUUGUUGGCAUAAAAGCAAUGCAUCAGUGUUUCGAGGACGAAGGCAUAGCUCUCCUUAGUAAUCUCUCCUCUAUUGCCCAAUUUCUUUUGUUCGGAAUAGGUUCAACGGAACUAUAUUUAGAAGUAGCGAUCAUUGUUGGCAGCCUGGGAAUGGCGUCUGUACCAAUGAUUCAGGGAAUCAUGUCCAGGAUGUGUCCUCCUCAGAAACAAGGUGCCAUGUUCGGUAGCCUCGCAGUGGUGGAGAAUGUAUGUAACCUAUGCAGUAGUGUUAUCGGUGGCGCUAUCUACUCGGAAACUGUGACCUUCUACCGAGGGACCGCUUAUUUUGUUUUCACCGGAUUUUUGGUUUUGGCCUUUAUAUUUUUAUUAUUUCUGGUAAAAGAUUCAAGACAGAAUUACAAUCGCAGGGAAUAUACAGUGAUAAUCAAUAAUCCGACUGAUUGAUGAAUCGAGAUAAAAGACAGAUUGUUUAUAUGAGUGUAAUACUAUGCUUGUUUAUUUAAUAAAUCUUUAAAAUAUUAAUGUGAUCCAUUAUGCAUUGGUUGUGGAUUUUGGUGGAUAUACUGAGUACAUUUUGAAAAAUUUA